AUGGACUCCUUGGUUGGCGUCGAGAUGCGCAGUUGGUGGAGGCAGGCAUUCGGGUUUGAUAUCCGUGUGCUUGAGCUGCUGGGCAUGGGAAAUCUCGAUGGGCUUGCUGAUGUUGGUGGUAGCACCGCCCCUUCUAGUGCGGUAAAGGACCUCUCUGUCGUUUAUCAGUUGAAUCUGACGAUGUCUACCCCACGCAAGACCAUUCUAGUCACCGGCGCCACCGGCAAGCAAGGCGGUGCCCUCAUCCAAAUCCUUCUCUCCGCCCCCGAUACAGCCGGAUUCAACAUCGUCGCCGUAACGCGCGACAUCACCACCCCCGCGCGCUGA